AUGGUACCCAGUGGGAACGAUCUGGUAUCUGAACUGCUCAGCAUUGCUUUUCAGAUCUACCUCACUUGUAGUCUUAUUAAUCUAUUUUCCCUAAAGACAGCCACUGCCAACCGAUGUCCUGAUUCCACAAACGAUUUCGACGUCGCCAUUAUAUGUGCUUCCAAGCGAGAGGUCAGGGCGAUUAAGGCUCUGUUCGACGACGACUACGGUAUUGUCGGUGAUAUUUCGGGCAUCCACCCCUCGGACACAAACUCCUACGUAGCUGGGCGAAUCGGCAAGCACAGCGUGAUUCUUACGCAGAUCUCCAAAUACGGCAAGGUAUUUGCAGCGAAGACAUCCUUCUGGCUCUCCAUUAGUUUUCCGCAAAUCCGCCUGUGUCUUGUCGUUAGCACUGGCUGUGGAAUCCCGUGCACAAAGGAUGGACAGAAGAUACGUCUCGGCGAUGUCCUAGUUAGCGAAGGAAUAAUAGAAUAUGACUUGGGCAAACUCCUACCCGGAGACAUCUUCCUGCGCAAAUCAGGGCCCAUGUUCGAUUUUCCUCCACCCACAGGCCACAUCGCCGGGCUCCUGAAUAGACUUCGUCAGCGGCAGUCUAUCGAUGUGACGAGAGAACAUAUGUCGCAGCAUCUGAACUAUCUCCAAACUACUCUCGGUGACCUUGAAGCGACCAAUUACCUCAGCGCAGACGAAAACAAACUCUUCCCUCAGUGCUGUUCACUCGGGCGUUCUGGGUUGGAUCGAUGCCCUUAUAUCUGCUAUUCGAAGGUUAGGAACAAGACCCCUAUGCUUGUCGCUGAAUGGCAGCCAACGAGCUGCUCCCUAGUUGCGGAGCCUCGCGUAGAAGCAUGGCCAUGGUCAAAUAUACCUGCGAUCGAGUAUUUCAAACCAAACGUCCAUUUUGGAUGGCUUGCAUCUGGGGACACAAUCUUGAGGUCCGCCGAGAGGCGUGAUCAGAUAGCUGCUGAAGAAGAUGUCAUUGGAUUUGAAUGGGCAGGAGUCGGGGUAUGGAGGGGGCUUCCCACAAUGGUGAUCACAGGUGUCGGAGAUUAUGGCGAUGGUUAUGGCACAGAUCCAUGGCCGGCGUAUGCUUCUGCGAGUGCAGCAUCAUGCGCGAAGGCAAUCUUGGAGGCGUACAACGCUUUCUGA